AUGAAAUUAAAACCAAAUGAUAUUUAUAUACCUUUAAACUCAAUACAAUUUAAAAUUCAUCACAACGACAUUAAUAUAAAAUAUGAUACUGAAGAAGAUAACAAUAAUAACAAUAACAACAACAACAACAACAGGUAUAUAGAUGAUAAUGAAAAAAUGAAAAUAAGUGAAGAUGAAUCAAUUUUCAAAUCUAUUAAUAAUGAUAAUAAAAAUCAACAAAAUGAUAAUAUAAUAAAUAGUUUCAAUAGAGGUAGUAAUUCAUUUUUAUUUAAUAUAAUAAAUUUUUAUAAAUCACCAAGAUUUCUAUCAGGUGGUGCUGUUUUAUUAUAUGUAAUGACUACAUAUGAUUUUAGUGCUUCAAAUUUUUUAUUAUUCAAUCAAAUGGUUGUAACAAUUGUAAUAUUACAUAUUUUAAAACAUUUUAAUAUUUUAAAAAUAAAUACAAAUUUUGAAAAAGAAACAAUUAAAAAACUUAUGCCAUUAUCAUUUUGUUAUAUAAUUAAUGUUUUGUUAGGAUUGGAUUCAUUAAAACAAUUAAAUAUACCAAUGUAUAGUGCAUUGAAAAGAUUAGUAGCAGUAGUAAUUUUGGUAAUGGAGUAUUUCAUUUUAAAAAAGGUUUCUCCUCCAAAAAUUAUAGCAUCAGUUGUUGUUAUGGUAAUUGGAGCAGUGGUUGCUGGGAUCACUGAUUUAUCUUUUAAUUCCUUAGGUUAUAGUUUAGUUUUAUUAAGUUGUAUAUUUCAAGCAUCAUAUUUAAUUUAUGUUAAAAAAGUUGCAAGUAAUAUGUCAACAUAUGAUAUGUUAUAUUAUAAUAGUGUUUUAUCAUUACCUAUAACAAUAUUUUUAAUGAUAGUGAACCAAGAGAUUGAAUAUUUUCAAACUUUUGAACAUUUAUAUGAUAGUUCAUUUCAAGCUUAUUUCAUCCUAAGUAUAUUUUUAGGAUUUUUCUUAAAUUUUUGUAUCUUUUUCUGCACAUCAGUAAAUUCACCUUUGACCACAAGCGUAACUGGUCAAGUUAAAAAUAUAGCUUCAACAAUCAUUGGUGCUAUGGUUUUCAAUGAUAUUAUCAUUCAUCCAAUUAAUAUACUCGGUUUAAUAAUUAAUAUUAUUGGUAGUAUUUGGUAUUCAUUUUUAAAAUUAACUUCAAAAUAA